AUGGAUAUUUUCCGUACGUUUCAAGCACGGGCCUCUCGAGAAAAUUGCAUUUUUGCACACCCCGCCGAAUCGCCGCUGGCAAGGUCUCCUACCGUUCGGUUACCCUGCUCGAAGCGCCUCAAGUAUCUCCAAGUCUAUGCCAAUGAGCGAGUUGUUGCGAAGAUCUCUCUGCAAGCAAAGUUUGUGGAUCAAUACUCUAAUGCGGAGUUAACACUGACGUGGCGGUCCACGGCCACGGACACCGCAGCAACAGGCGACCCAUGCGCAGUUGUCUUAUCCAGGUCUAUCCACGCACGGGUUUCAAAGACCGCGAAGGGGAGCGGGGGAGGGCAUGUGUGGCCAGUCGGGGGCGUGUCUAUCCAGAGCCAGGGGCAUCGCGAGUCCGCUCUCUUUACCCCGUUGCGGUGUGGUAGCAGCGACGACGACGACGACCACAGCGAUCGAGAGAGAGAGAGCGCGAGAGAGACACCUCGCGAAUCCCAUCGAAGAAGCUCCGCACGGGGAACGCACAUCUCCUGCCCCGUCAUGGCCAUGGCUGUGACCUCCGCGUUCUCCAUGGCGGCUUUGAACGCCGCCCUGCCUUCCGGGGUCUCCUCCCAGUCCAGGAGCGCUGGCGUUUCUUUGCACGCAGCAACUGGGGUGAGCGUCAGGCGGACCGCAUCCGUGGUGGUGCGCUCGAUGCUGACGUCGACUAAGGCUGCUGGAUUUCAGGUCUUCAAUGGCCUCAGGAACGAGAAUGCGCUGCAGCUGCGUAAUGGCGCAUCUUUUGACGUGAUGGGUUUGGGAAUCAGCAAUGGUUCCAAGUGGUUUGCGAUGAGACAUGGCCGCAAAAUCCACCGCCUCGGCAGGCCUGCCGAUCAGCGUCGCGCUCUUCUCAGAGGUUUAACCACCGAAAUCCUCCGCCACGGUAGGAUUAAAACCACCCGUGCUCGCGCCACCGCCAUGCGCAAGUACGUAGACCACAUGAUCACUCUUGCCAAGGGAGGCUCUCCUCACCAGAGAAGACAAGCCCUAGGAUUCCUCUACGAUAAGCAAUUAGUGCACUCACUGUUCGCCGAAGUGCCGGAGAGGUACGGGGAGAGAAACGGUGGAUACACAAGGAUCAUUCGGACUAUGCCGCGCAAGGGCGACAAUGCUCCGAUGGCAUUCAUUGAGCUUGUUUAGGUAUUUCCUCCUUAGUUAGCCCAAUUUUACUUUGCAUCGAAGUUUACGUAUUCUAAAAGACCUAGAAUUGACACUUCUCUUCGAUGGUAGUGUGGAUGACUAUCCAUUGUAGAAUGUCCUGAUUUCUCAAGCUCUUUACAAAAGAACUCUUGCCUCUCAUUGCA